GAUAUGAGUUCAAUAUGUCAAAAGUAUCACGUUCCUGCUGAAACCGUGUGGUCGUUUGUAAAUUAAUUUAGUGUAAAUGUUGUAAUAUUAGCAAUUAUUUGAUUAAAACUAUGGAUAAUCAGAAUGAGACGAUCACAGAAGAACCCGCUGCUAAAAAAGCUAAGCUUCAAGAAAAAGCGUCAAGUAGCGGUUUGGAAAAUCUUUUGAAGACUGGAUUUCAACAGGUGGUUAAGGCGGUAAAACUUUCGAAUGGUAUACCAUCAGAAGAGGAGCGCAGUUACUAUUCAACCUACAAAUCAUUUAAUGACAAUGUAAGCGCCCAAUCUGAUAUGGUACUGAAUCUUAUGUCGCAUAUUUUAAAAUAUGAAAGUGUUGGUCUUUCACUACAAAAGCGUACUGAUGAUGAAAAAUUUGACCUUUUGCAACAAUGCAAUGACGCCGCACUAGAACGUGUAAAUUCUAAUUUAGAUAUAUACGCAGGGGCAGUACAGAAAGAUAUUCAUCCAAUAAUUAUAGAAUCAGAAGUGAAAAAAAUUGAUAUUACAACAAAAAAUGCUGGAAGCUGGAAUUUAAAACAAGCGAAAGAAACUACAGACAAAGAAACAAUAGCGGCACGUUUAAUAACAGCAAAAAACAUUGCACGACCACAAAUUAAAUUCAAUAUACCAAUUGAUAAUAGCAAUAAUACGCCAUUUAUACCAAAAUUGACAUAUAAGCCGAAUUCAUUAAAACCAUUGGCUAUACUACCGGAAUAUGAUGAGGCAGGCGAUGUUGUGAGUUACUUGCAUCCUUAUGAAUUUGAAUUGGAAAAAUUUGAGAUGCCAGAAGAGGAAUUGCAGCAAAAAUCGCCUGUGAAACCAGCAAAAGUUGAUGUUGUUGAGCUUAUGCAUGUCGAUACUGUUGAGUUGCUCAACAAGGCGCUUGAGGAACUACGUCAACAUAAAAUGAUUGCUGUUGAUGUUGAACAUCAUGCAUAUCGUAGUUUCUUGGGAUUCACUUGCCUAGUACAAAUGUCAACCAAAGAUAAGGACUAUAUAUUCGAUGCGCUAAAAUUAAGAGAUGAUAUGCAUAUUUUAAAUGAAGUUUUAACUAAUCCCAAAAUAGUUAAAAUAUUUCAUGGUGCUGAUUUGGAUAUUAUUUGGUUACAGCGUGAUUUAAGUUUAUACGUUGUGAACAUGUUUGACACACAUCAUGCUGCGAAGUUGCUUAAUUUCUCACGUCUCUCCUUGGCAUAUCUGCUUAAACACUACUGUGACAUUGAAGUUGAUAAAACAUUUCAGUUGGCUGAUUGGCGCAUACGCCCAUUACCCGAUAUGCUUAUUAACUACGCCCGUCAGGACACGCACUACCUAAUCUAUGUGUACGAAAGUAUUUGCAAUGAUUUGUUGGAUAAGUCCAAUCAGCACGGCAAUUUAUUGCGAAAUGUGUAUCAAACUAGCAAUGAGUUAUGCAAGCGACGUUACUGCAAACCACUAUUUAAUAACGAUUCACAUUUAGAAUUUUAUCGAAAGUCAAAACAUAUUUUUGAUAAUAGACAAAUGAGUGCUUUAAGUGAAAUAUUUGCUUGGCGCGAUGCGAUUGCACGCAAAGAAGAUGAAAGUUAUAAUUAUGUUUUACCGAAUCAUAUGUUAUUGCGUAUAUCCGAGACGUUACCACGCGAAGCACAAGGCAUUUUGGCUUGCUGUAAUCCUAUACCACCACUUGUACGACAAAAUUUAUAUGUACUUCACGAUAUAAUAUUAAAAGCGCGCGCAAAACCGCUUAUUAAGCCAACGCUUGUAGGUGAUGCUUUUAGUCGUGUGGCAACAAAAGGCAGUAAAGAUUAUGACAAUAUAUUAUAUUGUCCACAUGAUUUGACUGUGGUUGAAGAUUUUCGUGAUGAUCUUCCUACUAUGCUAAAAAUCGAUAAAAAUAAUGUCGAUGUUAAUGAAAUUGAUGAGAUCGCAGAAAAAAUAACAUACUUACAACUUCCAACAGUGGAUGUGUUCGAAAAAAUGAAUGCUAUUUAUGAUGAUCCAUUGAAAAAGGCCAUUAAAGAAGGAUGUAAUAAAUCAAAGUUCAAGACACCUUAUGAGCGUUAUUUGGCGAUAUUACCACAAAUUGAGAAGGAGAAACUUGAAGAAGCAGAGAGAAUUGCUCAUGAAAACAGGAGCCGGCAAUUAUGUCCAUCUGCACCAAAAGUAGUGGUUAAAGAAGAGAUUAACACAGAGAACGACGAUACACUGAAUGUAUCAAUUAAAGAAUAUUUAAAACGCAAACGUGUAGAAUCAGAUGGUCCAAGCACUUCAAGUAAAGUAGCAAAAAUGCAAAGCACAUCAACACUUGAUCAGAAAGACAAACCCAGUUCUUCUAAAGCCAGUUUAAAAAAAAAAAAUUCUACAAGUCAUAAAACUGAUAAGCCACCUAUAAUAAGUAAAGAUGAAAGUCGUCUAAAUGAAUCAAUUGUAACGAUAGAGGAUGAAAGCGAUACUGAUGUUAUUGUUUCGACUGAUGUAGAUACAAAUAAAUCAAACACAAAUGACAACAAAAAUAAUUUCUCAUCAAAAGUUAAAAAUAAAUUUAACAAUUUUAAGAAGAAAUUUAAAAACAAAAGGAAAAAUAAAGCUCAAAAGAGUGGACAAUCCUCAAACGUUCCGGUACAAAACAAUUUUGAUUAUAAUAAUGUGGACUUUAAAAAAUUUCAAGGUGGUUCUCAACGUGCUAAUGGCAUACAAAUGAAACAAACAAUUCACGGCAAAAGUAAUUCAAAUAAAGCUAAAAAUAAAAAGUUCAACAAACUUUUUACAUUUAGUAAUGUAAAAAGUAAAAAGUAAUAAAAAGGCGUAAUAUAUUUUUUAUUGAUACUAUCAAGAACAUUAAAUAGAUAAACUAGAGUUCUUAAUUGUUCUUCUAAAAUUAGUUAGGAACUACGAGGAAUAUACCACAUGCUAAGAAAAAAUAAGUGUAAUUAAUGGAAUCUCUUGUUUGAGAGAUACAAAAACUUAAUAUUAUAAACAUAAUAUGAUCAUUGUGUCUCACGUUCCUAAUGUUUGCUUUGCAUAUAUAUUUAUCCUCAAACGUUCUUUUAGUGUUCUUGAUAAUACAAAUUUAAAUAGUUUAUAUUUUAUUUCAUUUUCUAAAUAAAC